CCACAUUUGAAGUAGAAAUUCAAAGAAGAAGAAGAAGAAAUGGGGUUGGCUCCAGGAUUUCGAUCCCCCAAGAACCAGAGCAGGUUCAAACAACUGCACAGAGAGGGAAUCACUGUUAUUCUCGAUAAGCAGCUCAUAAUUAAGCUACCCAAUUUAAGGGUUCUCAAUAUUAUCGCUCGAUCGGUGCUUCUGGCGUUGGUCAUUAUCUUUACCCCCUGGCUUGGAUCUCUUGUCAUUGGUGAUCCGUCCUUCUCUUACACUGCUGCUACCUCUGAGGCCCGUAUUCAUGGUGAACCAUUGUUGCCUGUGAUCCUUCGGGACUUAACCAACGAGGGCCUCUUCAAAUCGGGCGACAAAGCCCUCUUUCUGAGUCGCCGAGGCGAUGUCGAUGAGGCACAGAUCCUGAAUUCCCAUCACGAGAUGGAUCUCAUCUCUGAAUCCGAUGCAGAGCAGCAGAGCUCGAUCUCUGCUGGCACAUUUGAUUUCGUUUUCGCGUCUGAAUUCGGUGCUACCGAAUUCAUCGACCGAAUCCUCAAAACCGGCGGAAUCGUUGCCAUUCAAAUGAGCAACGACGCCUCGAAUGCUUUCCACAGGCCCUCGAACUACAAAAUCGUAUAUCUCAGAGAGUUCGAAUCCACGGUCUUGGCGAUGAAGAAGAUCAGCCCUGCUCAGACCAAUUCACCGAUAAAGAGGAGACUCUUCGGAUUGUCAUCGGAAGCCAAGAAAGCAGCAUUGAAAGGCCUGGAAGACGUGCUGCUCGAACCACCACGAGCUUCUUCAGUGAAGAAGAUCAAGAAAUACUUGAAAAGGACCAAAUACCUUCCUGAUCUCAUAGGUGAUUCUCUAGAAGAGUACCCUCGUCGUGUCUUCAUCGAUGUUGGCUUACCAGACAAAGACGACAAUGGCAGCCCAAGAUGGUUCGCACAGAACUACCCAACAAGGAAUCGAGAUUUCGAGAUGUAUAAGAUAGAGACUGUGAACGAAGGUGUAUCAAGGGAGUCAGGUCCACAGAUGAGCAUGUCAGAUUGGUUGACCAAGAAUGUGAAGGAAGAGGAGUAUGUGGUGAUGAAGGCAGAAGCAGAGAUAGUGGAAGAGAUGGUGAAGAACAGAGCAAUCUAUUUGGUGGAUGAGUUGUUUAUGGAAUGCAAACACCAGGGGCUGGGAGGGAGGAAGAACAAGAGCAAGAGGGCGUAUUGGGAGUGUUUGGCUCUCUAUGGAAGGUUGAGGGACGAAGGAGUUGCAGUGCAUCAAUGGUGGGGUUGAAAAAGAUUUCAACUUUGAGAGAGAGAGAGAAAGAGAGCGAGAGAAAAAGAGUGAGAGAGAGAGUGA